AUGGCCGGCAACGGGACCCGGAGCCGAACCGGAUGUCUGGACUGUCGGCGGCGAAAGCGGAGGUGCGAUGAAGGGAAGCCAAAGUGCGCCAGCUGUCGCAGGCACGGCGUCGCGUGUGUGUACGUCAAGUCGAGCCAGUCUUCGCCGUCCAAGUUUCUCCUCUCCGUGGCAUCUGGCCACUUCAUUGCGCCGUUGGAGUCGCCGGCGAGCGAUUCCUUUGUGAACCUUCGAAGCGAUGAGUUGGCUCUCGUUUGUCAGCAGUACGCGGAUGGUCCCAGGUUGUUUCCAUCGUCUCAAGAGCAGCUCAUGCCGGCUCUGAGCUGGCUGCCAAAGUCGAGCACGCUCGCCGGCGGACGAGAAAGCAUGAUGGUUCAGUACUACUUUGAGGUCAUUAGCAACAGCAGGGUGUAUGUCCCUAGCGAGAGGAACCUCUUCCGGACGUGCGUCAUGCCCAUCCUCCUCAGCAGCAGCGGCCCUCUCUUUUCUACCGUCCUGGCACUAAGCGCGGCCGAAAUGGUUCGGAGGACCCCGCAAGACGGGGUAGACUAUGCCGGGGCAGCUAUCCGGUACAAGAUCAACGCCUUGACACAGCUGCAGUCGAAGCUCGACACCGCUCUCGAGGCGGAGGAGAACCUCCUGACGUGUGUGCUGCAGGCCUCCCUGGAGAUAGCCGAGGGGUCUCGCCCGUCGUGGUUGAGGCAUCUGCGGGGUGCACUAGCCAUUAUGGAUGCCCACGGCGACUGGAUCACGCCCGAGUGCGCCGCGCUCGUUCUGCAGUAUUUUCGAUUUCGAUACAUCUUGAUGAAGACGACCGGAUGCACAGCAUCGCGUUCCGAUGGACAGACCGACGACUGUGACGAGGCCAUCCAACGCCUCGAACGGCUUCUGCCAGGCCAAGGGACGUUCCAGACCAUUGACCCCCAGAUCGGCUGUUCGAUGGAGCUGGUUCAGUUGAUUAGCAUGGUCUCAGCAGGUGCUCAAAAGGAUGGCGGGUACUCGGAAGAGGGAUCACGUCUCGAGAGACGCAUUCGGGAGUUGGACUUUUCUGCCGAGAGCACGCACGACGACUACCUCGUCAAGAGCGCCGAGUGCUUCCGGUCCGCUGCUCUGAUAUACCUCCAGCUGACGGUGUACGGCGCUACCGUACGGUCUCGGGCGAUUCCGCAGCUGUUGCAGACGCUGUUGGAUCGUCUUGGCGAGGUGAUUGUCGAGGACCAGCCGAGGCGAUCAUUCCCCAUGUGGCCGCUGUUCAUCGCCGGGUGUGUCAGUUCCAGUGACGAACACCGCAAGGCUGUUCUUGAUCUGUUUAACAUGCUGGACAGCAAAUGGCCCAUCAGCAACAUCUCGACGGUGAAGAGGGUCGUCUGGACAAUCUGGCAGACAAGGGAUUUUGACGGCGGUGGUGCAACGUCUACGGAUCAAGACUGGCAGGAGAUUAUUGAUAAGUUUGGAUGGAAACUUUCCUUGUCGUAG